AUGCCUCAAGGUGGAUACGGCGGCGGCGGCUACGGAGCACCACCUGGACCACCUCCUCCCCAUGCUGGUGGCUAUGGCGCACCUCCUCCUCAACAAGCCCCGUACGGCGGCGGCGGUUAUGCGGCCCCUCCUGGACCACCGCAUCAUCACCACCAGCACCACCAUCACGCACCUCCCCCUCCUCAGCAUGGAUACGGCGCGCCAGCAAUGGGAGGUGGCGCUUACUACCUCGGAGUCCCCGUUCCACCUCCGCCUCCCGCCCAGCCCGCUCCGCCUCCGCCCGGCUACAACGCAGCUCAAGACGUAGAGCGCAUCCGCAAAGCAACCAAGGGAUUCGGCACAGACGAAGGCGCCCUCAUCGCCACACUGGCACCUCUCGAUGCCUGGCAGAUUGACGCCUUGCGCCACACAUUCAAGGCAACCGUAGGCAAAGACUUGCUUACCGUCCUCGAGAAGGAAACCUCCGGAUGGUUCGAAGCCGCGCUUCGUGCCAAAGUGCUCGGUCCUGUCCUUUACGACUGCUGGCUCAUCAAGCGUGCCUGUGUGGGCGCAGGUACGCACGAAGACCUUCUCAACGAAGUCAUCCUUUGCAGGACGAACUCGGAAAUGCACAUCCUCAAACAGGCUUACCAGGCGACCUACGGCAAGAAUCUCGAAAAGGUGGUCGAGGACGAGCUGUCGUUCAAGACCAAGCGCAUGUUUGUCAUGGCCAUGCAAGGUGUUCGACAGGAAGACAACAUUCCUGUCGAUCCACGUGCUGUGGAAGCCGACGUCGCUGCUCUGCACAGCGCCGCUCGCGGUGCAGGUACCGACGAGAUCGCCAUCUGCGGCAUCCUCAUCCAGCGAAGCACACCCCACCUCGCAGCUGUAGCGCAGGCCUACCAGCAACGGCACCGCAAGUCGCUCUCCUCCAUGAUCAACUCGGAAUUCUCGGGCCACAUGCAGGAUGCGCUCCGCUACAUUGUCGAUGGCGCAGAGCACGACGGUCAGGGCAUCACCAGAGACGCUCGACUCUUGGAGGAUAGCAUGAAGGGUAUGGGCACCAAGGACGAGCGUCUGGUCUACCGUGUUGCGCGUCUGCACUGGAACAAGCCCCGCUUCGAAGGCCACAUCAAGCCUGCGUAUGCACAGCUCUUCCACAAGAAGGGUCUCAAGAACCGCGUAGAGGGCGAGACGAGCGGUGAUUACAAGCGUAUGCUUUCGGCCAUGCUCGGUUCGUAA